GCGUGGUUCCAAGGGACAGGGGGGCGGAGAGCGGUUUAUUUAGGCCCAUCUCCGCCGUUGGUUUUUCUCCUCGUUAAGCCUGUCCCCUUCCGACCCCUCUCUUCACAUAGGGUUAGGUUUUCAGUUCGAGCUUCUCUCUGAUCUCCCAGUCUCACCUCCUGGUCUCCUUCCAGGGCUACGAUGGGAGAGAGGCAGAUCGCGCUGCGGCUUCUCCUGCUCUUUAUUGCGUCCUUUGUGCUCCAGAUUUGGGCUUCCGAUCCUUUGUUCUAUGAAUCGUUCGAUGAGACCUUCGAGGGGCGGUGGAUCCUGUCCGGGAAGGAGGAUUACCAAGGUGUCUGGAAACAUUCCAAGAGUGAGGGACAUGAAGACUAUGGGCUUCUUGUGAGUGAGAAGGCAAGGAAGUAUGCAAUAGUUAAAGAACUUGAUGAGCCAAUCACGCUUAAGGAUGGAACCAUUGUCCUGCAGUACGAAACUCGACUUCAGAAUGGGCUUGAAUGUGGAGGUGCAUAUCUGAAGUACCUACGUCCUCAGGACGGUGAUUGGACUCCCAAGGAGUUUGAUAAUGAAUCUCCCUAUACUAUUAUGUUUGGACCUGACAAGUGUGGGUCCACAAAUAAGGUGCAUUUUAUCUUUAAGCACAAGAAUCCUAAGAGUGGGCAGUUUGUUGAGCACCAUCUCAAGUUCCCUCCAUCUGUCCCAUCUGACAAACUCUCUCAUGUCUAUACUGCUAUUUUGAAACCUGAUAAUGAGUUGAGGAUUUUGAUUGACGGUGAGGAAAAGAAAAAAGCCAACUGGUUGGCUGCUGAUGAUUUUGAGCCAGCACUUGUUCCUCCCCAGACUAUUCCUGAUCCUGAUGAUAAGAAGCCUGAGGACUGGGAUGAGAGGCCCAAGAUUCCAGACCCAGAUGCUGUGAAGCCUGAUGAUUGGGAUGAGGAUGCUCCACCCGAAAUUGAAGAUGAGGAUGCUGUUAAACCUGAAGGUUGGCUGGAUGAUGAACCCGAGGAAAUUGAUGAUCCUGAAGCCGCCAAACCAGAAGAUUGGGAUGACGAGGAGGAUGGAGAAUGGGAGGCACCUAAGAUUGACAACCCGAAGUGUGAAGCAGCACCCGGCUGCGGGGAGUGGAAGAGGCCAAUGAAGAAGAAUCCGGCUUACAAGGGGAAAUGGCAUGCUCCUUUAAUUGACAACCCAGACUACAAGGGUAUCUGGAAGCCACAGCAGAUACCUAAUCCUGACUAUUUUGAGCUUGACAAGCCUGACUUCGAGCCGAUUGCUGCUAUUGGUAUUGAGAUUUGGACAAUGCAGGAUGGCAUUUUGUUUGACAAUAUUCUCAUAGCCAGUGAUGAAAAAGUUGCUGAGUCAUACAGGGAGGAAACAUGGAAGCCCAAGUACGAAGUCGAGAAAGAGAAACAGAAGGCUGAUGAGGCAGCUGGUAUUUCAGACGGGCUUUCGGGUUUCCAGAAGAAGGUAUUUGAUGUUCUUUACAAGAUUGCAGACAUUCCUUUCCUGGAGGCAUACAAGAUCAAGAUUAUCGAUAUCAUUGAGAAGGGAGAGAAGCAACCGAACCUGACCAUUGGAAUCCUGGUAUCCAUUGUGGUUGUUAUUGCUACCGUAAUUUUCAUGAUCCUCUUUGGUGGAAAAAAACCUGCAGCUCCGGUUAAACCCACCACUGAAACCAAGAGCGAUGCAGCUGCUGAGGCUGAUGCACCUGGAAGCGGUGAUGAGAAAGAAGGGGAGAACGAAAAGGAGGAUGCUUCAGCCCCACGUCCUAGGAGAUCGACUAGGAGGGAGACUUAGGAUAGAUAGGUUAAAAUUUUGAAUGUUCUCCUCGUCCACUGUGCACUUUUGAAGCUUUAGGAUCGGAAUGUAUGUGAGAUUUCUGAUCGUCUUUGGCUGUAAUGAAGUCUCGGGAGGAGAGUUUUUCCUGACAUUUUAUGCUUUUUACUGAAGUUUGAUUGGUUGUUUUUACAUGUGGUGUGUAAUUUGAGAUCGAGCACAUCCUUAGAAAUGUAGCUCCAUUGAACGUUAAGCUAUAAGCCUUCAGCAAUUAACUGUUGAGGUUGCAAGCUGUCCUGCUUGAUUUUUUUUUGUUUUGCUUCUGUUCUUUUGUAUUAA